AUGCCUGAAGAACGCCCCGAAGCCGAGGAAGAAUAUAUUGCCGAACCUUUAAUUAAGGAUAUGUUCCGAGUGCUGGACAAAAACAGAUGUGGAUUUCUUACUUGUGAAGAAUUUAAAAAUUUAAUCGGCAAUAUGUCCGAAGUGUCCGUAUCCAAAGAGGAAAUGGAAGAGGUUAUUGAGGACGUUGAUAAAAACCGAGACGGAAAAGUGACCUAUGAUGAGUUUCUAUGUACUUUGUGUAAGAAAACAGCUAGAAAUGUUGAAUAUAGAACAGAUGGUGUGAUAUCCAUCUAUAAAUUACCAGAAUAUUAA